GGAAAAGUUGCACUGGAGUUAAAGCUUGGCGUCCUGUUGCGUGAUUUCCCACAGCCAGCCUCAGGAAACUCACCGUCUCCAUUCACUGACCCAUCAGUCCUCCAUGAGCGCAACAGCCUGCAGCGCUGCGCAACCGUGGAGGGAGGGUAACAUCAGCAGCAGCAAGGAUAAAACUUCUUUUGUGUGUUAUAUAUGAGAGAUUGUUGCGUCGGAUUCAACAGACAUGAUGCAUUUUAUUUUUGUCUGCCUGUUUUGUGGAUUGUACGGCGCUUUUGGAAAAGGUAAUGAGCAAAAGGUGAGGUUCAACGUCCCGGUCCUGGAUGUCAACAGUACACAGCUGGUUCUGGAGGCCAACAAAACUUUGGCGCUCAAAUGCAGGGGUGACCGGGAGCUGUCUUGGGCGUUCCCUGGAGGUUUAGACCGAGGUGAAUUGAAAGUGGUCAACUCUCGUUGUGGGAAGACACGCCAGCUCUACUGCAGUCACCUGCGGAUCAGCCGCAUCCAGGGCUGGCACACCGGACUGUACCGCUGCCGCUACAAGCACCAGACCCAGAAACAGCAGUCCGUCUAUGUAUAUGUCACAGACAGCCGGCAGCCAUUUGUGGAGCACACCAGCAUGAGCCCAGGCGUGCUGUACAUGAAGGUGAGGGAGCCGCUGGUCAUCCCUUGCAGAGUCACCAACCCCAACAUCACCACCACUCUGGUUAAGUAUUACAGCAGGCCGCUGAGUCAAGACCAGAGAAAUAUUCUCUGGAACAGCAGGAAAGGUUUCACCAUCCAGACACCCAACUACUCCUGCAUCGGCCUCUUCCACUGCGAGGCCGUCAUUGACGGAGUCAAGCACAACUCACGUGUGUACUUUGUACACAGAACAGUGAGCAACAUCACAGAGGUUUACCUGAACACCAGCGGAUCUGUGCAGGUCCUGAAGGGGGAGAGGCUGGCUCUGAACUGCACUGCCACUGCAGAGCUGAACACCAGAGUUAACAUCACCUGGGACUAUCCUGGAAAGAGAAACAACGUGGGCUCCAGCUUUAAAAGGCUGGUGAAGCACCCGAUGCACAUGCUGUUCUACAACAUCCUGACCAUCCCGAAGCUCCGGCGGUCGGACCGCGGCCUCUACACAUGCCGUGUCACCAGCGGCGAGCAAAGCAAACAACAGCAAGCCAUGGUCACAGUCUACAAUCGCCCAUUCAUCCGUCUGAAGCCUAGAAAUGGAUCGGUGGUGGAAGUACAAGCGGGACAGAAAUCCUACAAACUUUCCCCAAAACUUCGGGCAUUCCCUUCCCCCGAGGUUGUAUGGUUGAAGGACGGCCGGGUGGCAGCAGAGCAGUGCUCCAGAUACCACAUGAACGGGACUUCCCUGGUCAUCCGGGACGUUGCAGAGGAGGACGCAGGGAAAUACACCGUCCUCGUACGGAUCCAGCAACACGCUCUCUAUCAGAAUCUCACUCUCACACUUCUAGUCAACGUGAGUCCUCAGAUUGGUGAGAAAGCAGUGUCGUUGCAGGACCCGGGCUCUGUACCGCGGGGGAGCAAGAAGUCGCUCCACUGCACAUCCCACGGAGUCCCCCCUCCACAUAUUCAGUGGCUCUGGCAUCCGUGCCCGUCCAAAGGCCUGUGUCCGACAUCCUCCUCCUCGCAGUGGAUCCCCGUGACGGAGAGUCUCCCUGCUUCAUCUGCGUACAACCACAUCCUGAGUGUUACUCACACACAGGAAGUCCUUCAGGGGAACAAGAAGACAGUAGGGGUCCUGACUGUUGCAGAGGCCUCGGUGUCUGGAGUGUACCGCUGCAUCGCCUCCAACUCUGCGGGAACAGACCAGCUGGAUGUUCCCUUCUACGUCACAGACGUCCCAGAGGGCUUCAGUGUAAACCAGCUGGAGCCGGCCAGGGAGGGCAGGGACCUUCACCUCACCUGUUCUGCAAAUAAGUACCUGUACACAGCGUUGUCAUGGCGAAAGCUGAAUGACACAGGUGAAUCCCGCACUCUGGCGUGGAACAUCCAUCACCUGGAACCGGGGGAGUUCUCCAGUACUGUGGUCCUGAUGCUGACGAACCUGACUAGCGGGGACUCUGGGGCCUACAGAUGCUCCGCCCAACAUGUCAUCAGUGGGCAGGAGAAGCACCUGGAUACCCAGGUGGAGGUCAAAACUCUGGAGCCUCCUGUGCUGCUCAGUAAUUUGACAGACUGCACCGUGAACGCCAGCAGCUCCGUGACUCUCAGCUGUGAGUCUGAAGGAAUCCCACCGCCAACCAUCACCUGGUACAAAGACGAACAGGUUCUGCAGCAGGGGUCAGGCAUCGUCUUAUCAGAGGGAGAUGGGACUCUCCACAUAGACAGAAUAACGGUCGACGACCAGGGUCUGUAUACGUGCCUGGCCACUAACGACAGGGGGUCUGCACAGAGCUCUGCUUUCAUUCGGGUCAACAGCGUAUCAGAAGUCUCUUUUCUGGAAAUUCCCACUCUCACCUGUACGUGUGUGGUGGCCACUCUCUUCUGGCUCUUGCUCACGCUCUUCAUUCGGAAACUGAAACAGCCCAACAUUUCCGACCACAAAGACUACUUAUCAAUCAUAGUGGAUACCGCAGAGGGGCCCAUAGAGGAGCAAUGUGACCGCCUGCAGUAUGACCCCAACCAAUGGGAGUUCCCCCGGGAGCGCCUCAAAUUAGGGAAACCUCUCGGCCGCGGAGCCUUUGGUAAAGUGAUCCAGGCGUCCGCGUUUGGUAUCGACAGCUCUACCGGCUGCAGGACUGUGGCAGUGAAGAUGCUCAAAGAGGGAGCCACAAGCAGCGAACACAAGGCUCUAAUGACUGAGCUAAAGAUCCUCAAUCACGUUGGAAACCAUCUGAAUGUGGUUAACCUGCUGGGGGCCUGCACCAAACCAGGAGGACCACUGAUGGUCAUUGUCGAGUACUGUCGCUUCGGAAACCUCUCUGCUUUCUUAAAGAACAAGAGAGACGUGUAUGUGCACAGGCGGCAGGCAGGUGGGACAGAUGCAGAGCUCAGUUUUGUUUCCACCCUCUUUGACAGCCAGAGCAGCAUCAGUGCUGAGUUUGGUGACACAGAAGACAAAUGCUCUAAUCCCAAAUCGCUGUCCUCCUCCUCUCCUCUCUUCCUCGAGGAUCUCAUUUCCUUCAGCUUUCAGGUGGCGAGAGGAAUGGAGUUUCUGGCCUCCCGCAAGUGCAUCCACAGAGAUCUGGCUGCCAGGAACAUUUUGUUGACUGACAAUAAGGUGGUGAAGAUCUGUGACUUCGGCCUGGCCAGAGACAUCUACAAAGACCCGGACUACGUCAGGAAAGGAGAUGCCCGUCUCCCUCUGAAGUGGAUGUCUCCUGAGUCGAUCUUUGACAAAGUUUUCACCACACAGAGCGACGUGUGGUCCUACGGCAUCCUGCUGUGGGAGAUCUUCUCUUUAGGAGCCUCUCCUUACCCCGGUCUUCAGAUUGAUGAGGAGUUUUGCCACCGGCUGAAGAGCGGAACGAGGAUGCGAGCGCCAGAUUACAGCACACCUGAAAUCUACAGCACAAUGUUGGCAUGUUGGGAGGCAAAUCCUUCAGAGCGACCCACCUUCACCAACCUGGUGGAGAUACUCGGAGACCUGCUACAAGCCAGAGUUCAGGAGGAUGGGAAAGACUACAUUCCUCUGGGAACUUUUGUGAAUGGCGCUCGCUUUAAGGAAAACUCAAAUGCAGUCACGAACCUGAGCUACAUGAGGGGUAUGGCCACGCUUCAGACUUUUGAGGAAUUACCAUGUGAGGAGCAAGACAGCCGUGAUGAGGAGCAGAGCGACAGCGGGAUGGUCCUUCCUUCAGAGGAGCUGAAGCAAAUGAUGGACAGUAACACCAAGAACAAGAAACUCAGCAGGUUAUUCAUGUUUUCCAAGUGUAGAGACAACCAUCCAUCCUUCCUGCGCAGCAACAUCUCCGGUCUCCGUGAAGACGAGCCCGCCAUCUUGCCCGCUGACUGGGAGUCCGACGAGGGCUGCUCUCCUCCUCCAGACUACAACUCUGCUUUCCUCUACCCUUCCCUUUAGCUUCUGGCUCCCGGAUGUGUAAUCCUCCGACAUCCUCCAACAGAGUUCAUGCAUCAAUAACCAACCAUCCAAAAACUUGCUCUGCUUUCACACUUUGCUUUUUGCAUACUCUACCUCAUAGUAACACCUGCUGGUAUUCCCACAACGUCCUCUUCUUUACGUCUCAAAUAAAACCUAGAGCAAGCUUUUUCAUACCAGAAACAAAAGAAGAAAAAAAUCUGCAUAAGUAUGAAGUUUCACACCAGUUGUUUUCUCUGUUAAGAGCAGCUAAUCUUCCAGAUCUUACAUAGAGCUUAUUGUAUUGGUACCUCCUGCUUUGUGAAGAGGAGCAUUGGUGUAUUAAUGUAAUACAGCAAUGCUUCCAGCACAACUGCUAAAUGCUGGAAAAAAUAUAUUAUUGUAUUCAUAUUAGACUGAAUGAAUAUCUGUAUUUAUUUCUACUUUGUAGAAAGCAUGUAAGCAUUAACCAUUUAUGUGUGUAUUUUUAUUAUUUAAUUCAGAAUUUACACUGUAUUAUAUUAAUGUGCCUCUAUAUCUAUCAGUUCAACAUUAAAAUCUACUUUCAGUGAGGUCAGAAACUGAAAUAUAGAUCGUUUUUAAUCUGAAACAGUCACCAUGACAUUUAAAUCAUUUCAGCAAAGUGCCAUGAAUAAACUGCCAACUGACAGAAAUUAAGAUUAAGGAUUAUGAAGAUGCUAUUAGUUGUUGUAAAAUAUCAAAUGCCUCACACGUUUUUAUAGCUUCAUUCACAGAUAUUAAAUAAAUGUAUAGAAUGCCAUUCUUUUCAGCUUGUUGAUUUCAUUUUCCUAUGAACAUUCAUGUCUUAUCAAUUGGGGGAUUUUUAUGAUGUAUUUUGACCAUAAAUCUCCCAAUUAUGAAGCAAACAAUAUUUACCGUCUUAGAAAACAAGGAUUAGAAGCACAUUUUUAGGUUUAUGGUGCAUUUUCUUAAGUUAUGCAAUAAGGCUAAAAUAUAUAAAUAAACUCCUGCUGAUAUUUGGCUAAAAAUCCAUUAACAAGUCCCACAUUGAUCCCCGAGCUUCUGAUCUAAUUCUGGCUCGAUAUUUGAUUGAUCUUCCUAUUAGAAAUGUCAGAGCUUGUUUAUAAUGGUUAGUUGGCUUUUCAGCCGAGUACUGAAAAAUGAAUUGUGGUUGUGGUCAUGGCGUAAGAAAAGAAUAUAAUCAAAGCGGCUAACAUAACCCUGAUUCAUGAACUUUAUAACCACAUUUGAUUAAUCAGAUCAGUCCAUCAAACCGCUCGGGGGUUGAAGUAUGAAAUAAUAAUAAUAAUAAUAAUAAUAAUAAUAAUAAUAAUAAUAAUAAUAAUAAUAAUAAUAAUAAUAAUAAUAAUAAUAAUAAUAAUAAUAAUAAUAAUAAUAGCGGAGCAUUAAACAGAAGUGGUUCUGAACCAGAUAAAACAUGCUAACAUUUUACUGUCUAUUAUUCUUGAAAUGUUUGUCAGGAAUUCAACCAAUUGAAAGGAUCGUAUUUGUUUGGGAUAAGAAUUAAAAUGCUAGUUAUCUUGGAUGACCACUACAGUUGAUCUUCUUACAUAACAGCAUGCAUGUAAUAUUUUAACCCCGUGAAGCCACAAGAAAUUCAAGCCUUUGCACAAAGUUCUUCAAUAAAUCAUUCAAGUUGUUUGAAAUAAUAACAAAAUUGCACGACAAUAUUACGCUUAGUAUUGGUUUUAUGAAGUUUCCCUAUUUGAACUUGGAUUUAUUUUUGAAAGUAUAUCUGCUCAAAUUUACUUUCAUGGAGAUAAGAGUCACAUUUGCCUUUGUGUUACAUGUUUUUUUAUUUGAUAGUAAUUGUCUGAUUUACUUUCAGUGUCAGUUUGUGUGAAUUGUUCCAGGGGUGUUCAGGUUUGCCUUGCAGAUCAGUCACUUUAACUACAUAGUGGAAAACUAUAUUAUUGUAUCGCAAAGAAUUAUGUUGUUUUUUUUUCCUCCCUUAAUGUCCCUGAUCUAAAACCUCCAUAAUGUAUUAUGUACAGCGAUAAAGUUGCCUAAAUGAAUAAUC